CGGAUGUGUGAGGAGCUGAGGCCGCCACGGGCGAACCGGGGCCGGCGGCGCUUUUCCCGUUUUGGGGAGGCAGCCUCGUAUGUGCGCGAAGGUCCAAGGAAGCUGCGUUGUUGGCGGGCGGAGAUUGUUCUUUAGGUGCUUCGCCAUGACAUGCGCAUCAAAUAGUGGAGUAAUUUUUAUGCCAGUCUUCACUGUUGCUGGGGAGUUCCAAUUAUUUGGCCAUACAUAAUUCAGAAGAGCUGUUGGAGUUACCCUUCAGCUUUCAGCCUAAUCUAGGGAAAGAGUGACCUGAAUUUGAAAAUGGACCAGGCAGUGACGUUCAUGAACUGUGUCCUGUAGUCGCUUGCUGCUCACCAUGAAUGUGAACCUGCUCCGCAAUGACUUCUUGGACCACCAGCCUGUAACCGAAGCUGGCAAACAGCAAGCUGAUGGUUUGGAGGAUCGGGAUGACACCCAGCGAAAAGAUGCAGACGUAUUUUGUGGCAGCUCUGGAAAUGACUUUAAUGGGUUGGCAUUCACCAAGGCCAGUUCUCACGGCCUUGAAUCUCACAGCCGCUCAGUCAGAAGUGCCAGUGUUCAACGCAAAUCCCACAGCAGGAAUAAAAGUGAGCAACGGAAUCGGAACCAAAGUCAUGAGGAGCUUACAAUGAUGAUCCGGGAAAUGAAGCGGCACCUGCCGAGGGAGAGUUGCACCAAAACCAGCACCCUUAAUGCUCUCAAUUACGCUUUGAAGUGUGUCCAGCAGGUCCAAAACAGCAAGGCUGUUCGGUUUGGGGGGGACCGUGGAUCAUAUCAGACUGAUGCCAGUGUGUACAGCAUUGGGGAGUUGGCAGCCGUUACAUCUGAGCACACUCCAAAAAACACAGACACCUUUGUGGCUGUCUUCUCCUUGCUGUCAGGGAAGAUGAUGCAUGUCUCUGAGCAAGCAGCCUCCAUUCUGAAUUGUAAGAAGAAGCUCUUGGAGUCUUCUCGCUUUGCUGAAUUGCUGGCACCUCAGGAUAUAAGCAUCUUCUACACUCAUACCAAUCCUUCUCUCCUGCCACUUUGGAACACAAAAGCCCAAACAGCAUCUGUUUAUGAAUAUGCUCAAGUGAAGUCCUUUUUCUGCAGAAUCAGAGUGGGUAAAGACCAAGGGAAGCUCUACUGGCCAUUCCGGAUCACCCCUUACCUGGUUAAUGUCUGUUAUCAGAACCAGCGUGAACCAGAGCCCUGCUGCCUCGCUGUUGCUGAAAAAAAUCACUCUGGAUAUGAAGCUCCUCGAAUACCAUUGGAGAAAAGGAUCUUCACCACUGCUCACACCCCAGAUUGUGCAUUUCUAGAGAUUGAUGACAGAGCUGUUCCUCUGUUGGGAUACCUGCCCCAGGAUUUGAUUGGAACAUCCAUCUUGAAGCACCUUCAUCCUGAAGAUCGUCCUUUGAUGGUCGCAAUUCAUCGCAAAGUUCUGAAGUUUGCAGGUCAGCCUCCCUUCGAACACUCGCCCAUCAGAUUUUGUACUCAGAACGGGGACUACGUCAUCCUGGACACCAGCUGGUCCAGCUUCGUGAAUCCAUGGAGCCGGAAGGUUGCAUUCAUCAUUGGACGACACAAAGUCAGAACGAGCCCUCUAAAUGAAGAUGUCUUUGCCCCAAGAAGCAGGGAGCGGAAUGGUGUUGACAAAGAGAUCAGGGAAUUGCAAGGACAGAUCUACAGGCUGCUUCUGCAGCCGGUUCAUAACAAUGGGUCAAGUGGUUAUGGAAGCCUUGUUAGCAACGGGUCUUAUGAACAUUACAUCAGCGUAGCGUCUUCCAGUGAUUCCAGUUGGAACUGUGCGGAGGAAAUACAGAAGGAACCGAAGGCUUUUGUGGACAUCAACAGACUAAAGAACGUCGGUCAACAGUUGUACAUUGAGUCACACAGUAAGCAUCUGAAGGAGAGAGGAAGAUCUUCAGAUGGUGAGCUGCUAAGAGGUAAGCAGCACACAACCCCUGGUUUGAGCAGUGUCAGCACUGGAGACGCACCUGUUGCACACUGUGAUGAUUCAAGCGAAGCGCAUUGUACUCUGUCCUAUCAGCAAAUUAACUACAUGGAUGGCAUUAUCAGGUACCUGGAGAGUUGGAGCGUUCCCGCCCUGAAAAGGAAGUCCGAGUCCACAAACAUUUCCUCUUCAUCUUCAGAGGAUGACAAACUGGUUCAGCUAAUCCAGAAAGAAGCACAGGCCUUGGAAGAUACCCCCGGAUUGUCCUCCAUUGCUUCCCAGCCAUCAGUAACGCCCGUGCCAGAAGGGGCCACAGAGCCACCGGAAUCAGCAGCUGUGGCAAGUCCUCCCAUGACAGGCCUGGCUCUGCCUACCAAGGCCUUGAGCGUGGUGUCCAUUACCAGCCAGUGCAGCUACAGCAGUACUCUUGUGCAUGUUCCACACCCGGAGUCUGAAGUGGCUGCCACAGAAGAGGCCGCUUUGCAGAAUGAGCAAACGGAGCUUCCCCCUCCCAGUGCUCCGGCUGCAGCCCCAGAGGAGAUCAGACUGGUCGGGCUGACGAAGAAAGUCUUGUCGGCCCACACUCAGAAGGAGGAGCAGAACUACAUGGAUCAGUUCCGCCAGAAGGUGCUCUUGCCCCACUACAGGUCUUACUUCCAGCAAGGACAGGUUGGCAGCAACUGCACCGGUUCACAUAAUCAAGGAGACUUCGCUUCCAAAAAGACCAGCCCAGAAAACUGCAAAAGGAAUAAACAGGGAACAUUCAAACACCCCAAACUGCCAGAAUCUUCAAGUAAAAACUGCUCUUAUAAAAGUGGAAACUGUGGGGAAAGAACUGCUGCUCAGAAGCCAUCCUGUGCUCUUUCGGAGGGAUCAUGGCCUGGUCCUUCCAGUGUGAUCCACCAUGCCGAUCCUUACUUCAUGCCUGGUUUUCCCUUGGCCACUUCAGGUGGGGACCACACCUGGCCUUCAGGAGGGGCCGUCCCAUUUGUCCCAUCGCUUGUACCCACACAGCCCGUCCUAGCGUUUCCCACUCCAUGUAUGGCCGGUUUCACAACUGUGCUACUUCACAACUUUCCAGUGCUCACUCCACUCCCUCAACCUUCCUUCCAAGCUCAGGAAACCUCACCUUCUAGGCCGUACAACUCGGUGAUGCCCCCAUGCUCCCCUCCCACAAUGCCCUCAGCUGCAGCACCUGAUCCAUUGGAGCCCAUUUCGCCACCUGCCAUGUUUUCAUCUGCUGAGGAAGAGCAGCAGGAGCCUGGUGACGAGCAGCCCCAGCUAUUCAGUAACUCACGGAGCAGCUCCCCACUGCAGCUGGACCUGCUUCAAGAAGAGAUGCCCAAACCAUUGGAGCUGCCCUGCGUAGUGCCAGCCAAGAUACACGUGGAGACCAAACGUGAUCAGGAUGGGGAGGACAGUGGCAAUGACGGCCACUCGGGUUCCAGCGAACUGUAUGACCUCUUGCUGCAUGGGGAUUCUCACUCAGGAACAGAGUCGGCAGCUUCAGGCAGCGGGUCUGCAGAAUCCAGCUCCUUAGCGUUUGGCUCCAGCGGCUCUAGCUCCAACGGAACAUCUGCUGGUGGCGCAGCAGGCAGUAGAAACAGCAGUAAAUAUUUUGCCAGCAACGAUUCCUCGGAAGUCUCCAAAAGAGGGAAGAAAAACCAAGAGGAGGGAGAAUCUUGUCAGCCAGCCAGGAUUAAAGAGGAGGUGCUGAAAGGGGACCUGGAGAAACUGGCUGCCAUGACGAAGCAGCAGCCCCACUUCACCCAGGGGCAGAAGGAGGAGCUAGCCGAGGUACACCCUUGGAUUCUCACCCAGACUAUCCCGCAAGAAAUAAACACGCAAGGAUGCGUCACCUGCAACAACAGGAAUGCCAACUGCAAGGUUGCAGCACCUGAUGAUGAAGGCACCUGAAAGGAAGGUUGCAAAGAAUACCUCUAUUACAGUAUGCCCCAUUGCUGGCAGUGACCUUGGCCUUUUGAUGCUGGAUACCCCACAGAAUUUCCCUUCACGGUGGUAACAGAUGGAUUCCAAAGUCAUUUUUUAAAAAGUUGAAACUGUUGUAAAUAGUAUUUGAUUACAUGUUCAGAAUGGUGCAGUGAGGCACUUGCUUAUAAUUUACUAGCAUUGCCAAAGCUCACAUCAGCUUCUGUAGCAUUGCCAAGAGCCCCUCUUCCCAUCUGCCCCAAGCUAGCGUUUGCCCUAAACGGAAACAUUCUUGGUGCCAGUAGAGUGAUUGUCUGUCAGGGUGAGAACUCGCUUGCUUGCUCGCAUUCCUCUGAUCUCUAAAUGUGCUUUAACCCACACUUCUGUUCUGUAUCCAGAGUGAAACUCGCCAGCCUUCUGGUUCUCAGCUUUGGAGCGUGUUUGUGCCUGGAUUGAUGCGAUGGGCUCCCUAAUUGGUUGGGCUGUUCUGUAUUUAAGUCGGAGCAGAGAAUAAGUGGUAUUGAUUAUCCUACUGCUAUAGCACUGACCUGACUUUCUGUGUCUAGGGAGGAAAAAAAAUAGGGUGUUUUCCCCCUACUGUGCUGAAUUCUUACCUGGAAGAGUUCCUAAGCUGUGUACAGACAGCCUGAUACUUGCAUCAUAUAGAAUAAAGCAGUGCAGCGCUAAGCGGAUUGGUAACUCUCUGUGGGGCUGGUUGGCGAUCGCCGUUCUUUGCCCCAACAUUACUUCUGAACCUUAGAAUUAAUUAUAGCUAAAGAAAAGUGCUGACAAGGACCUAUCUGAUGGAGGGUCUUCAUGGGGAAUAGGAGGGCCCUGUUGCAUCUGUGACUCUGACAGUGACGGAAUCUGUUCCUUUUCAACAGAACAGACCUUAUGAUAGGAGGCUGCUAAGUGGGGCUAUCUGUUGCAUAUGUUUCUUGCUCGAGGUGAUCCUUUGCAACUGGCUUGAGCUGCAUGCCUUCUUUUUCCCUCAGUUGAUAAUCUUGGCUUUGCAAAGAUAACGCUACUUGUGCCAUCGCGUGCCGCACUGGUGUGUUUCUUGCUCCCUGUGGGAGCGUCAGGGAAUUGGAAAGGUGGCGCAAAUGGCUCUGCAGAGAGUCAGAGAGGCAAUUACUGUGAAGGGCAGCAGUGGGCAGCACAGGCAGAUAUGACCCUUGGGGAAGUAAUUCACUACCAAUUCACAUUCCUUUCAGUGGAGUGUGCAAAGGUGGAUGGUGCCUAGUAGAUCAGUAGAAGUAGCGGGGGCUGGGAUUUAAUGCUUUAGGGCUGGCCUUGGAUUGGCAUGCAUAUAACUUGAUAUUCAAAUAGGGCCAUCUGAUACUGAAUCUACCACCAAGGGCAGGUAGUGAUGGUUCAUAAGGAAGAGAAGGGCACUUUGCCUAUAAUAGGGUAAUUUUUUCCCCAUUGUUUUGCAGCAGGAAUGUUCUUUCAAAUUAAAUAUUUUCAUUUUAAUUUACAAGCUGGCUUGUACAUACAUUUGUAUGACGUAUUUUAAUGUGUAUUUUAAAAGUUGUCUCAAUCUGGUUUUGUUUUCUCUUUUUAAUAAAAACAGGGGGGAAAUGA